GAAGCUAACAAUGCACCAUCUGGUUUCAAGGAUACAGAGUAGCAUUGCAGUAAAAUGUCGAUGACUCUCAAACUUGUUUCAAAUAAGAUGCUUAGGUUCAGGGAUGUGGUAGCUCUCAAUACUUGGCACCUGAAGCAGUGGAUUUCCAGGCCAAGGCCAGCAUGGGCUACACAGGGAGACACUGUUUCAAAACUCGAAUAAAUCUGGAGAUGGUGCGCUUAGUCCGUAGAGUGCACACAUGUAAUCUCAGAACACAGGAGGUAGAGGCAGGGGAAUCAGAAGUUCAGGUUCACUCUGAGCUACGUAUUAGGUUCAAGGCUACCUUGGGCUACAUAAGACCCAGUUUGAGGUGGGGAGUUCCUGGCCCACUUCCAGGGCCCUGGUUAUUCUGACUAAACCAAUGGACCUGGUUAUUUUAAAGGAGUGCCCCAAAGACUCUGUUGCUCUCACUCACUCUGGAUCUGACCAGAUUUAGUUUGCCUUCAACUUGUCGCUAGUGUAUGGAUGGUGUAGUAAAGUAACCCCUUCAUGGCUCAGAGCCCAGGGAGGUUGGGUAAGUCGUUGAGUUGGCCCCAUCAUUAUCUUUUGUUGUUUUGACACACAGUCUCCCUGUGUGGUGCUCUCUGACUAUUCUGGAACUCAUUAUGUAGCCCAGCCUGGCUUCUAACUCACAGAGGUCCAUCUGCCUCUCCCUCAUGAAGGCUGGGGUUAAAUGCGUGCACCACUACACCCUGCUAUCAUUAUUGUUAUUCUGCCCAAACAGACAUUCUUCCCCCCAGAGGUUCUUUUCUGAAGCUUCUCAAAGUGAGGCCCAAAUGAACAUUGGUAGCUAGAGUGGUAGUGAGUCGGGAAUGCAGAAUUUCUGUUCCAUCCAGAUUGGCUGAAUUGAAACCUGUACGUUAUCAAGCUCCCAAGUUGAUUCCUUUGCAUAUUUGUGUUUGGAAGGCAUAGCUCUAAUUGGUACCUAUAGUUUUCUUCUUGUCUUUGGCUUCAGGAGUCUGACCGAGAGAGUCCUUUGGCCUGGCCCUCUUGAAUCCCAGAAGCAGCUGAUUCUCACCCUUCUGUGUGUGAAGAAGACCCUUCAGCAUGGUCUAGCCCACCUCCCGCUGCUCGAUUUAGCAGGGCUCUCCUUUCUGGGAGCUCUCCACAGGCACCCGGAGAGGCAGGUCAUGGAUCCACCUGCUGUCUUGCUUUCUCCUCAGUCUCAGACCUGCACCCACCUGGCAGAAACAUGCAUGGGACAGGAGAGGAGCCCACCCACCGCAGAAGUGGGCAGUGACUCCUUCUUUCCCAGUGGUCAGUUGCCCAGCUCCAGCCUCACUGAUGCCGAUUGGUUUUGGGAUGAACACAUCCAGGCAAAGAGGGCCAGAGUAGAGACCAUUGUCCGAGGCAUGUGUCUCUCUCCGAGUUCGUUGGUGUCAGGCAGAGCCAGGGAGAGCUCACGCUGUCCAGAAAAGGUCCGGGAGAGGAAGAGAAAGCAGAGUCUUCCAAUGCACCAAGGUCCCCUGAAAUCUAGCCCUGCCUGGGAUCGAGGGCCCAAGAAGGGGGGGACCCGGGUGAAAGAACAGCUUCAUCUACUGAAGCAACAGCUAAGACAUUUGCAGGAGCAUGUCCUACAGGCCACUGAGCCCAGAGCACCAGCACAGAGCCCAGGAGGUACUGAGUCAAGAAGCUCUCUGGGAGCCAAGGCGAGGAACACCUUCCCAUAUAGCGCCUGGGCCGUGGAGAGCAAACCUCACCAGAGUUCUAGCAAGGACAUUGGUGGAGCAGUCAAGCCCGGAGCCGCUGAAGUUCUACAGCAGUCAGAGGAGCCUGUGUUCUGUCCUUCCGGCCCACGGGCUCUAGUGGAGACUCUGAGGAAAGAACUCAGCAGGGCUGUAUCCCAGGCUGUGGACUCAGUAUUACAACAGGUGCUACUUGACCCACAGAGCCUGCUCCCGCGGCAGGACGGGAGCUGCCAGGGGCUGGCAUCAGAGGGCAGAAGCCAGCCUUCACCUCCAGGGAGAAGUGCCUAUAAGGACCCACUUGCUCUUGCCACCCUGCCCAGGAAGGUCCAGCCACAAGCCGGGGUUCCCUUGGGCAAUUCAACACUGGCUAGGCCUCUAGAUUCUCCUAUAUGUCCUGUCUCUCCAAGAGGAGUUCCCAGAUCAUAUCAGAGUCCCCUAUCAAAUUGUCCCUUGACAACUGUACCUUCCCACAUCUGGGAAAACCAGAUUCUUAGCCAGCUUCUGGGUCGUGGGCCUGAUGGCCAUUGGAGUGGCAGUCCUUCCCAGGAUGCAUCUCACCAAAGUCAUACCUCCCCAGAGUCUGCCCAGCAACCCUGGGGGUUGAGCCAGCAGCGCCUCCCCCUGUCUUUCACCCCUGUGCACCUGGAAAGCCGUCCUCUCCUGCCGGCGGCGGUGAAGAUGGAGCAGAGCGCGCUGCAGGGCGUGGCCGACUCACUUCCUUUCUCUUCCGUCCACAUCCAGGAAGGCCUGAGCCCUGGUCACCUGAAGAAGGCCAAGCUAAUGUUUUUCUUCACGCGGUAUCCCAGCUCCAGCCUCCUGAAAGCUUACUUCCCUGAUGUUCAGUUCAAUCGAUGCAUCACCUCCCAGAUGAUCAAGUGGUUUAGCAAUUUCCGUGAGUUUUACUACAUCCAGAUGGAGAAGUAUGCCCGGCAAGCGGUUUCAGACGGUGUCACGAAUGCCCAAGCGCUAGCAGUCCUCCGAGACUCAGAGCUUUUUCGAGUUCUCAAUACACACUAUAACAAAGGGAAUGACUUUGAGGUCCCAGAAUGCUUCUUGCAAAUUGCCACCUUGACAUUACAGGAGUUCUUCAGGGCUGUCUCCACAGGGAAAGAUUCAGAUCCUUCCUGGAAGAAACCCAUUUACAAAAUUAUUUCAAAACUGGACAGUGACAUCCCGGAGAUACUCAAAUCUUCCAGCUAUUCCCAAGGACUGUUUCCAAGUUAAGAUCCAACAAAAUGAGGUCAAGUAUGAUAGCACAGGCCUUUGAUUCCAAGAUGGGAGGUGGAGGCAGGAGGAUCAGGAACUUAAGGACAGACAGUCUUCGCUACAAAAACAAACAUCAAACAAAAUGAGUAGACAGGCCCAGGAUGGCCCAAGAUUUGUCAUAAAUGGCAGUUUAGCUGUAGUCACAUAAGAGAGCACAAGAGGAACUUGAGUAGGUACAACUGCCAUUUUGAAUACUCGUUUUCUUGUCCAGAAUCAUCAGAUAACCACAGUGCAUCAACUAAGCCUAUCAGUGUGUUCGCAGUCCUUUGGGAAAGGAACACACAUUUGGGAUCAGAAGACUUAAAGUCAUUAAGAGCUGCAACACUGAUAAUCUCCUGGUAUUUCUAUAACUCUGGAAGGAGGCUUAUAGCCAAGUGGUGGUGGUAAACAGCUUUAAUCCCUGCACUAGAGAGGCAGAGGCAGGUGGAUCUCUGUGAGUUGGAGGCCAGCCUGGUCUACAGAGUGAGUUCCAGGACAGCCAAGGCAACACUGAGAAACACUGUCUCAAAAAACCAAAAACCCGGGGCUGGAGAGAUGGCUCAGCGGUUAAGAGCACCCAACUGCUCUUCCAGAAGUCCUGAGUUCAAUUCCCAGCAACCACAUGGUGGCUCACAACCAUCUGUAAAGAGAUCCGAUUUCCUCUUCUGGUGUAUCUGAAGACAGCUACAGUGUACUUAUAUAUAAUAAAUGAAUAAAUAAAUUUAAAAAAACCCCCAAAAACCCCAAGAAAAUUUGAAGUGUGGGUACCUCAUUGAUCCUUAUGCCAGGAUACAGAAUCGGUCAGGACUGUGGAGGAAGCAAUGACUGUGUAUGCUGGACUCAUGCUGUAACUCAGGGAAAAUCCAUACCAACAGGACACCCACAGAGUGGCACUGCCAUUCGACCAGGUUUGCACUCUGGAGUGCGUCACCAUCCACCGCUGUUGCUUGCAUCUGUCUGCUGGCACACUGUGUCAGCUGACAGUUCUACAUCCUACUUGACCUAUGUGCUGAUGCCCCAACUGCCUAUACGCACAAAAUAUAUAUAAAUAAAAAUGGAACUUCAUGAUGAGGAGGCCAGAAGGGGCCCUGGAGACCAUCUGAUCCACCUUGUGUAACCUGUGGAGGAAACAGGCUAGCAUACACUUUGUAGGGCCUCACAUUCCAUGAAUGGCAGGGCUGGGACAAAGGCAAAAAUGGAGAUUUUCCUACUUUGAAAUGAUUACAGUCUAUGAUUGAACUCGCACGGAUGAGCAAAUGACAUUCAUAUUCCCCCCAUGGGUCCGACACAAUUGUGACAGACUCUGAGCACCAGGCAAGGCACACAUAAACUGGAACAACUGUGUCUUCCAGUCAGAACCAAGCCGGUAACACUGCUGGAGGAGAGCAGGAUGGAGUAGCCUUCAGGAUUCCCAGUGCUAAGUGAGUGCAACUGUGCCUGCAAUAGCUCCCCUCCCUGCCCUCAGCCCAGAACGAUUUUCACAUCGAGCUCCUCUGCCUUCAGGACUUGAUGGGUCGUGGCUGUGGCUACUGCUAGAUAUGUCAGACUACACCAAUAUGAACAAGGCCUUUCCUCUGAAUCUUCUGUUCAAAUAGUGGAGAGAAGAAACAACACAUACUUAAGCAAUUCCAAUCUCCAUACACUACUUGAGGUUUUCCGGUGUCUGUUUUACUGGAUGUUGAACCUCUUGCUGAGUGCAUGUUCCGUCACUGAACUCCACUCACAGCUAAGAAUUUUGAGACAGGGUCUGUGUAUCCCUGGGCAUCCUGGGAAUAUGUCAAACAGGCUAUCCUCAAAUCCCCAGAGAUCUGCCCGUCUCUGCCUCCAGAGUGCUGGGAUUAGAGCUGUAUGCACCACACCCAGGGCAACUCUUAUUUUAAAUGCCCUUAAUGUACCUAAUGAUAUACAAGCACCACUCUCAUUUAUUACUGUGCUCACAAGGCUCUCCCUUCAUCAAACCCAAGGAAUUUGCCAAACUUAAGUUUUGAACAUUCACAAGCACUGAGUAGCCUGGGCAAGGGCAUCAGUUGUUUGGAAACAAAACACCUCUCCAGAGCAAUGUGACACAGCUAUGAAGACUUUUGCAGGAAACAUCUCUACAGGUCCAAACGACUGUCCCCUGUCUCAACCUGAGUGUCAUUAGCCUAUGUCUUACAAACUUGAACCAAGUCAUUUCCAGGGCUGUGGACUUUAUCCUGAACGCUAAUUAGAUGGAAAAAAAUGUGCUAACUCAAAUUGAAAACAUUUGUGUACUGCAGCCUUGCCAGGAAGCAUUCUCUAACCACUGAGCUCGACACAGAAGAAUGUAUAAAUAUGUAUGCUCUGCCAGCUGAAGAAUUCUGUCUUAUUCCCGUUUUCUGUUUCUACCAAGUAUGUUUUGUCAGUGUUGGGAACUUCCUGUGAGCGUGAGCUGAGCCAGUUAUGUUCUUUCAGCAGUCACAACACUGCCAAAGGUCUGGUCAUUUUUCCAUUAAGGUAUAUGUGGGUGCUGGUCUCUCCCCAGUCAGACAUCGUCAGAGUCGGGCGGGCCAAGUACUGCAUAAUGCUGUAGUCAUAGGCUGUGGGGUGUGCUCAAUUCCCUACCAAAAGCAGCCAGUUCUCUGGCAUUCUGUAGCACAGAUAGAUACAUUAGGGAACUUUAGUAACCCCAACUGCCUAGACUGAGCUGUAUAAAGCAAGCUGGCCUUAAAUAUCCAGGGAUCCUUCCACCUCUCCGGCGCAGGAGUUCCAGGCACACACCACCCUGCCUGGCAUGACAACCUUUACUUCACAACUUUGGCCAGACUCAAACAGUACAAACCCAAAGGCUCCUUCGAGGCAUAUAAGUACUUGAAUCACAUUCAUUUUUCAUCAAAGAAAGGACAGAGAUAAAAGAAUAUUCUUUAAUAAAGGUCUACAUCCCGGCUCCAUGAUGGACAUCCUUUUUUCCAGAAUCGGUCUUACUAGGUGUAGCCCUGCUGCUCUGGAUGCCUUCCAAGUGCUGGGACUAAAGGUGUGCACCACAAAGGCCAUCUUGGAGGUCUAUUUUAAAAUAGUCUCAGGGAUGAGGAUGUAGUUCAGUUGGAGAGUGCUUGUCCAGCAUGUACAAGGCCCUGGGCCCAGCACCUCAUAAAGCUAGUGUGGUGGCACACAGCUGGAAAUCCAAGCAUGUAGGAGGUAGUGGGGUUAUAAAUUCAUGGUUACUCUUGGCUACAUAGCAAAUUGGAGACCAGUGUGGCAAGUUCCAGACUAGCUUGGGCUAUACGAGAUCUUAUCUUAAAAAUAAGUAGAAUCUAACUACCUGAAAUUUCACUGGUUUCCUGAGCAGUUCUCAGUAGUUCCUAUCUGUCUAUCUACCUACCUAUCUAUCUAUCUAUCUAUCUAUCUAUCUAUCUAUCUAUCUAUCUAUCUAUCCAUCAUCUAUCCAUCCAUCCAUCAUCUAUCUAUCCACCCAUCAUCUAUCUAUCUAUCCAUCAUCUAUCUAUCCAUCCAUCCAUCAUCUAUCUAUCCACCCAUCAUCUAUCUAUCUAUCUAUCUAUCUAUCUAUCUAUCUAUCUAUCUAUCUAUCAGCUAUCUAUAGUCUGAUUUUUCAUAAUUAUCCACUCUAGUCCCCAACCCUUUUGAGGUGAGUUCACCCUUCUCAGCACUGAGAAGGUGAGAACUGUAAAGAUUUCCGUGAUGCCUUGGAGAUAGUGGGCACUCUACCAGGCUGAGUGAUGUCCAUUCACAUUUGAAAAGCACUCUCUACUUCUCUCCCCCAUUCCUGUUUGUUUUUUGUUUUGUUUUGUUUUGUUUUGUUUUUGAGAGGGGUUUCAGCAGCUGAAGCCAGGGCAUCAUGUGUACUACGCACACACCCCAUCACGGAGAGCUAACACCCUCUGCAAAUCCUCUGCAGUUUCUAACUGUCUUUAGACUAAUGCUUAGGGAAAAGCUUACAGUAUAGCAAACAUGGUAUUUCUCACAAUAUUCUCCAUCAGAUAUACAGUAAGUCACAGGCACUAGUACAGAGAGCUUCUGUGACCUAC